AUGGAUAUAGGAAAGCUAUACGUUGCUCCGGUGAAUUUCAUCGGUGGUUCAGGAACAGGAAAGACUAGUAUCAUGAAACAGGUUUGCUUCAAAAUAUUUGACACAAGAUACAGGAAAACAAUUGGAUUAGAUGUUUUUUACGUCGACUACCAUACAGAUCAAGAUUGUGUUAAACUUCAAGUCUGGGAUACAGCGGGAGAUGAACUCUAUUGGUCGAUGGGUAAAAAGUAUUUAGAAAGAAGUUAUGCAAUAGUCGUUGUUUAUGACAUUACCAAUAGAGAAUCCUUUGAAAAAGUUGAUGAUUAUCUAAACGAAAUUGAAAAGAUCACUCCAUUUGUUGAGACAAUUGUCUUAUGAGGAAACAAGUCGGAUCUGGAAGAUGGCAGACAAGUAUCGUAUGAUGAAGGCAAACAGCUUGCUGAUUUCUACGGUAUUCCAAUGUUCUUCGAAACCUCUGCAAAGGAUGACACAAACAUAUCCUCUCUGUUCACAUGUAUCUCUAAUUCCUAUCUGGAGUCUAAGAGGAAUUUCCUUUCUGAUCAAAAGAGCCUUAAAACUUAAGUUUACGAUAUAUUUUUGAAGCAACGUAAUUGUUAUUUUCAGAGUCCUUCUUCUGGGGAUAACUGAGCAGAGUACUUAUCCUCCCAGCUGCGUGUCUAAAUGAGUCUUGGCCAGAUGGUCAGCCAGUGCAGAGAUAUCAGCAUCUAUAAUUUAGUGGUAUUUCUGACACAGAAGUUGGUCAAAUAGUAGGUUCUAAAAUUAUAUUCA